CGCUGCUCUUUUUUUCACGUCAAAUAAUCCGGAUGUCGAGCCCAUUUCCCAAACGGUACCGUUUCAGCAGUAUUCACAGACCGAUAAACAAUUUUUCCAUCAAAUUAAAACGCCUGAGUCAAAUCACUCUGGUUCAACUCCUUACAUCUCGUCUGUAGCAAGAGCGAGAUGAAGCAGAUCGAAUUGCAACAAUCGACCCGAUCAACCGUCGUUUUGAUUUCAUGCUAUCAUUAGAAUCUUCGUGAAAGUUUUGGUGAUUGAUCAUACAUUUUUAGCAAGAGAAUUUGAAUACAUACAACCAUGAGUUUUGUUUUUCGAGGUUCUAGAGCGGAUUUAGAAAAUGGGUUUCCAGGAUUUAUUCCAGGGAGGCGGACAGUGCGUGUUCACGGUUCACGCCCUGUUAAUUCCAACUCUCUUGCUUUCCUUGUUACAGUUCUCUUGCUAUUCAUGAUUUUGAAUUCACAUCAGAUGUCAUCAAAUUUUCUGCUUUGGCCAGUGCUUGGUAUCUUUAUGUUGGCCACAACCUUAAGGAUGUAUGCAACUUGUCAACAACUUCAAGCUCAAGCACAAGCACAAGCUCAUGCUGCUGUAGCCAAUGGCCUUCUUGGUCAUACUGAAUUGCGGUUGCAUAUGCCACCAGCCAUAGCUUUUGCAUCCAGAGGUCGUUUACAAGGCCUUAGAUUCCAGUUGGCACUCCUUGACCGCGAAUUUGAUGAUUUAGCUCUGAGAGCACUGGAUGCUGAAAAUGCUCCCACAGCUGCUUCAAUGAGUGAAGAUGAGAUAAAUGCCCUUCCAAUUCAUAAAUACAAGAUCUCUGGCUCUCAAAGUGUUGGCUCCUCAAUGCAACAAACCUCAUCUUUAGGCCCUGCUGAGAAAAAGGUAGAUACAGCAAUUGUUGGUGGGAGCCUGAAGGGUGAAGAUGAAUUGGCUUGCACUGUUUGCUUGGAGCAAGUUAACAUUGGCGAAACCGUCCGAAGCUUGCCAUGCUUGCAUCAGUUUCAUGUUAAUUGCAUUGAUCCAUGGCUGCGGCAGCAGGGAACCUGCCCUGUUUGUAAACACAGAGCAGGAUCUGGCUGGAACGAAUCCACAGAAGGCAUGAAAGAUAUUGCCUGGCACUGUAUGAUCAAAUACCCUAAACAGCUGUGUGAUGUAAUCUUAAAGUUCGCAUUGAAAAUUGUGCAUGAUGAUGCCCGUUGCACUUAUUCUUGGAUGGAUAAUUUCCCAAUUGGCCAAUAGGGAGUGAAAUACUUACAAAGUCAAACAUAACUAAAAUAGGGCACGUAUAACCUUAAAGAAAACAAUUCCGUUAGUUUAUCCAUAGAGAUAAAUGGUUUUCAUGGUCAUGGGUUUAUGACUAAAA